AUGAUAACUAUAACCGGUAUUAUUGUUCUUGCUUUAAUCGCGUACUUUGCCAAAGAAUUCAUUACUGGAGGAAUGUCUAUCUCUAACCCACUUGAGAAUAGCACCACAGAUCUGGCUCCAAUUGUGGAGGGCCGCUUCACCCCUUUAAGUUUGGCAAAGUUUAACGGCACUGAUGAUCCCAAGAUCUUAAUUGCAGUGAAAGGGAAGGUGUACGACGUGUCCAAUGGAGCUUCGUUCUAUGGUCCUGGUGGGCCCUACGAGAAUUUUGCUGGUAGGGACGCACUGCGUGGGUUAGCUAAAAACUCGUUUGAGUUGGACUGCUUGACCCCAACUGACCAGCCAAUUGACCAGUUAAAGAACUUAACUGCCGACGAAAUCGAGUCCUUGGAUGGCUGGGAGCAGCACUUUGAGGGUAAGUACCCGCUUGUGGGAACUCUCCAUGAAAAUGGCGAUUCCAUAUAG